CCUUUUGCUUUACCCAUCAACGGACGGUAAAGAUCCUUCUGGUACAGAUAGUCUUUCAUCUGUGACUUUCAGUAGGCGAAGUCUGAUCCGUCAAACUUCUUAAUUUUUGAUUUGCCUUCUUCUGCCAUUUCUUACACACACAGAUCUGAACAAGAGCUUUGAUACCAAUUGUUGGGGAUAUAUCAGAUACGCUCUGACACCCAUUCUGCGGAAUUGCCCUAUCGGAUCUUGUGUUAAGCAAUGGAAAAAAGAAACCACAGCAAAACAAAAAUUACAAGAAAAAGAACACCGAGUUUUAACGAGGUUCGGCAAUUUAUCUACGUUCUCGGGAGCCACACAAAUAAUUUUCUUUAUAUCAAAAAAGAAGAUUACAAAGCUUGUAAAGAGAAAAUCUCAACUUGAGAUUUCUCAAAAAAAGAAGAACGAAAGGGAUUUUUCUCUGAACUUAGGAAUUUUUCUCUGAAAAAUUCCUAGCUGAAAACCCUCCUUGAUGGUCGCCGCCUCUUGAGUUUAAUGCUCUGAAGAAAAUCAAAGGGGGCAGCUGCUCUCGUGCUCAGGGUUUCCCUUAAAUAGGGAAACCCUACCCAACAGCUGGAUCCAACCGACGCAGGCGGAGAGAAGAGGGGGAGGCGAUCUUUGAUUUCGCCAGACUCAGCCACGCUCGCCUGCGAGGCUUUUUCUCAACCUCGCCUGCAAUCGAAAUCCGCCUGCAGCCCUCUCUCCUCUUGAGUUCGCCCACAGUAUCUCGCGUCGACCUCGCCGGUAGAAUCCCGACUUCGCCUGCAGUAAGCGCCCACUUCGAGCUCGCCUGUGGAAACCCCAAACUCGCCUGUAGCAGUCGAUUUCGCCUGUCGACUCAGAUCUCGCCUGUAAUCCGCCGCCGAUUGGACUUCGCCCGAAGUCCCUAUGACCUGGAGCUCGCCUGAGCUGAUCGACGUCGCCGGAGCUCGCCUCGUUUCGCCGCUGACAAGUUAUUGUUAUUACUGCUAUAUAGUCUUCUUAAAAACCCUGUAAGCUUGAAAUUCUUUCAAAGGCUCAUCCUUCUGCAUCAAAUUAAGGAAAACUGCACAGAAUACCUCAAUGUUUUGCGUUCUUAAUUCUUCCAAGGACUCUUCCAUUCAGCCAAUGAAGUCUGUCAUGGCAUCCAUCAAUCUAUGUGAAGCUGUACCUAAGGAAAUGUUGAAAUCAAACAGGCCUUUAACCGCAACUUGUAAUCAAACAGAUCUUAAGCGAAAACUUCGGAAUUAAGUGGAAUUAAUUGGCCGCAAGAAAUUUCUUUCUACUUCCCUAGAUUGUCCUCUGUUAUGCUAUUUAUCCUUAGUGUGGGCCAACACACGUUAAUUGUUUUUUGGAAUAUUGAGGAGACUCGAAGUCCCUGCAAACGUCAAGCGGAAGCCUUGAGUAAACGGUGGCGGCUUUGAAUGGUUGCAUAGUGGAGAGUUCUUCACGAACCGCAAGUUUUUUGGGCACCGACGUCCAUGGGUGCUCCGAGGAUUCCAACUCUCUUUCUUCAGUUCCUACUCGUCCGCUUCAUGUCGUUUGGAUCCCACACCUCAUUUGCAAGCGAUUUCAUCUCUUCCGACCGACCCCUGUCACAAGACCAGACCAUAACCUCUAAGGGGGACAAAUUCGUGCUCGACGUCGACAGUGGUCUUAUUCGUAUUUAUCGCGGAAAUGACUAUUGUGAGGGGUGUCAAGUUUGGGCAUCAAACAGCGAAACACCAGUCUACGUUGCACCUGAGCUCAGAAUCAGUGAUGACGGCAACCUAGUCCUUUUAGAUCAAUCCAACCUACAGCAAGUUUGGUCUACAAAUAUAGAAUCAACUGCCUCUAAUUCCACAGUUGCUGUGCUUCUAGACUCAGGUAACCUUGUUCUUAGAGACGGGUCGGAUCCGAGUAAGAUAUUUUGGCAGAGCUGUGAUCACCCAACCGAUACUUGGCUUCCUGGUUGCUACUUGGGUUUUAAUAAGGUCACAGGGGAGAACCGUCGCCUCACUUCUAGCGGCGAUGAGUCUUCUCCUGGAGUGUUUUCCCUUGAGGUAGACGCUGGCCAGCUUCUCAUAAAGUCGAAUGAGUCUAAGAAGUAUUGGUCUGGUGGGAACUUGACUGAUGGCGUGCUUAGCUCCGCGCCAAAUUUCAGCCGGUUUGCCGAAUUUGAGUACAUUUCUAAUGAAACAGUGAAUUAUUUUACCUAUUCGUUGAGAUAUAGCCAGACCUUUGGGGUGUUUAGAUUGGACAAUUCAGGAGUAAUGGAGCAAAUUCUCCUAGCUGAUGAUCCUGUGGCAUUGAGUCCGUCCUCCGAUCCACCAGAUCAGUGUGGUAAUCCGGCCUUUUGUGUGGGUUCUGCAGAGAUGAAGAAGUCCAACAACAUGAGCAGAGUCGUUACUUUUGUUAUUCUUGGUUCAGUUUUAGGUUCCAUAGUUUCUUUAGUUGUUAUUUUCAAAAUGGUCUGGAUAUGGAAAAAGCGAGGUAGGAUGCACAAGAUGAAGUCGGACAAUGGUACUCUUGUGGCAUUGAGAUAUAGAAAGCUGAAAGAAAUGACCAAUGACUUCUCUGAGAGACUAGGUGGCGGUGGCUUCGGUUCUGUUUUUAAAGGGAUGCUACCUGAUUCCACAAUUGUCGCUGUAAAGAAGCUCAAAGGUGUUCUUCAAGGAGAGAAGCAGUUCCGAAGCGAGGUGAGCACAAUUGGAGUGAUACAACAUGUUAACUUGGUCCGUCUUCUUGGAUUUUGCUCAGAAGGCACUAACAAAUUGUUGGUUUACGAGUACAUGCCGAAUGGUUCUUUAGACUUCCACUUGUUUCGUAACACUGAUGCUGUUCUUGACUGGGGGAUAAGGUACAAAAUUGCCCUUGGAACUGCUAGAGGGCUAUCUUAUCUCCAUGAAGAAUGUAGGGACUGCAUCAUUCACUGUGACAUUAAGCCAGAGAACAUACUGUUGGAUGCAUUAUUCGUACCAAAAGUAGCUGAUUUUGGUCUGGCGAAGAAUGUCAACCGCAACUUCAACAGUGUAUUGACUACACUGAGGGGAACUAUUGGCUAUCUUGCUCCCGAAUGGUUAUCAGGAGGUUCUAUAACUGCGAAAGCUGAUGUGUACAGUUACGGGAUGUUGCUACUUGAAAUCAUAUCUGGUAGGAGAAACACGCAGCGAUCUGAAGACGGAUAUUAUUUCCCUGUAUUGGCAGCAAACAAAGUUGUGGAAGGGGAUGUCCUUAGCAUUCUGGAUCCUAGACUUGAGGGAAAUGCUAACUUGGAAGAGCUUGACAGAGCCUCUCAGGUUGCUUGUUGGUGCAUUCAGGACAAUGAGUUCGACAGGCUUUCAAUGGGAGAGGUGGUUCAAAUUCUAGAAGGUGUUGUUGAGGUUAACAGGCCUCCUAUACCAAAGCUGCUUCAAGCUUUAGCUGAGAAUAUAGAAAGCAUAAUUUACUUCUCAGAUGGCAAAGAAGAGCACUUUGACGAGGACAUAUCUGCCAGACCUCUAUAAUUUCAAGUGAUGGAUGAUCUGUGUGCUUUUUUCUCUAUUUUCACUCAUCUUGUUAGCAUGGCCGGAUGACCCCCCUUCAGCUUUAUGAAGAAUGCAGUGCCUGAAUGUCCUCGACCAAGAAGAGCGUGCUAAAGCGAUCGAGAGACUGAAAGAAGCUCGACAACAACAAUCGGUUCGUGUAACUGCUUAGGAUCGAUAUGUUUGGACUGCGGGUCCUUCGGCUAAGAAAAGAAAACUUACAAUAGUUUCUCAUGAUGUAAAAACAAAAAAUUGAUUCUUGCAACUAGCUUAGGAUGUUUGGGUUGCAGGUCGCUAGAAAAAAAAGAAAGAUACGCACAAUAGUUUCUCAUAGUGUGCGAGUUGAACUGAAAAAAAAAAUCUC